GGGCGCAUCAACGAUCUCAUUCAGCCUGGCACCGUCGCCAACAACUUUGACCAAGAAGAGGCUUCUACUGUUGGUCGUUCUUUUCGGAUUCUUUUUGGCACGAUAUUUUCCAAGACUGCUCGUUGCAGAGGAAACCCGAGGCCGCAAAGAUGAAGCAGAUUUUGGUGUCUCAAACCGUCAAAGUUCAGGAGGGUGUUACUGUUAAAGUAAAUGCCAGGCGAGUUACCGUUGUCGGCCCGCGCGGCAAGUUGACCCGAGACUUCAAACAUUUGGCACUUGAUAUGCAGAUGAUUUCCAAGGAUGAACUCCAGGUCAAUAAGUGGUUCGGUAAAAAGAAGGAAAUCGCUGCCGUCAGGACUGUGUGCUCUCAUGUUUCUAACAUGAUCAGAGGAGUCACCAAGGGAUUUGAGUACAAAAUGCGAGCAGUCUAUGCCCAUUUCCCCAUUAAUUGUGUCACAUCUGAGAACAACACCAUCAUUGAGAUCCGUAACUUCUUGGGUGAAAAGUUCAUCAGGAAAGUAAAGAUGAUGAAGGGAGUCACUGUUGUCAACUCUCCAGCCCAAAAAGAUGAGCUGGUCCUCCAGGGAAAUGACAUUGAAGCGGUUUCCCAAUCAGCUGCAUUCAUCCAACAGUGUGUUAAGGUCAAGAACAAGGACAUCCGAAAGUUUCUUGAUGGCAUCUACGUCUCUGAAAAAUCAGCUGUAGAUAAGGAAUGAAGCGGGUUUUGUACUGUUUGAGAUGGAAACUGAAUACACAGUACUUGUGCCUGAA